AUGUCGCGGCGGGCAUUGGUCCUCGAUGGGCUAUGGUACUCUCUGUGUCCGUCAUUUACAGCCCUGAGCCUCAGUCGAUCCACAUCAUUCCCCAAACCCAAGGGACGAAACCCGAGACUAUAUCCGCUACCUUCGAUUUCGAGCCCGAGCUCGGGUUCGCGCCGAUGCUACAACACCUCAGGCGGCGAUAGUUACAAAGUCCCAUAUAAUGCGGCAUACCAUAAUGAUCGGAGCGAAGCACGGGAGCCACGCGAGAAUGAAUAUCGCGAUGCUCACCUCUCUCCAGAUCCAACAUACAGGCCACCCACACGACGAAAAGGCCCGCUAUACACACGAACGCAUAAGGUGCAAGACGACCUCCUAGGAAAAACGAAUGAAGGUCUAGAAUCCCGAUUGCAAUAUGCAAUGGACAACAAGCCGAACAUUCGACACAUAACGCAGAUCCUGCGGCUGCUCAUUCGCGACCGUCAUGUCCAGCCGAAUGCUCGCCACUACAAGGCAUUGAUCCUCGCAAAUACCGAUAAUGAGAGGGGCUCGCCGCAGCUUGUGCGCGGUCUGUUGGAGGAAAUGGAGAAUAAUGGCAUCACCGCGGACUCUGGUACUCUCCACGGUGCAUUGCAGGUCCUCGCUGUACAUCCGGACUAUCUCCUGCGACAGGAAAUCCUCAACAAGCUCCGAGACCGGUGGCUCACGCUGAGCCCAGCUGGGUGGCAUUUUGUGGCGGCUGGUCUUCUCCGCGAGAACCAGAUUGAGCUCGCGCUCGAGCACGUUGCAUUGAUGGAGCGCAAGGAUAUAUUUGUGGAAAACUGGCUACACAGUAUAAUUGUCUACACGCUCUGCGACCAUGGAGAGUUGGACGAGGUGUACAACGUGAUGCGUGCGCGAGUCGACCAGGGCCAUGACAUGACUUAUCGUCUUUGGAUGCACGUGUUGACCGAGGCAGGGAAGCAAGGCCAUUAUCCCAUGGCACACUACGUGUGGCGGCGGAUGGUUGAACUGGGCUACAUGCAUCCGCUCGUUGAAGUCUGCGAUGACGUUUUGAAAAUGGCUGCAAAUGCUGGUGAUACAGAGAUGGCGAGCUCUGUGUUCCGUUACCUCCGUGAGAGCGGGAUCCCGCUCGAGCGCACACAGUAUGAAAGACUUGUCGAGACGCACGUGGCGGCGGGUGAUCUACCCGCUGCAUUUGAAGCGCUUUGCACCAUGCACGAAGCUCAGAUUCCUCUGGCGGAUAGCUCAACGGAGCGUAUCCUUGCGCACAUGAUACAGAGUAAAGUUGAUCGUCGGGAGGCGUGGCAGAUUCUCAAGCGAUUGAAGAACGCGAAACGAACUAUUCCCAUCGACGCUGUCCGUGUUAUUGCAGAUCUCUGUGAACACGAUGCCCAUGACGAUCCGUCCGUGGUGGAUGACGGCGUUGGGUUCUACAAGGAGCUCUAUACAUUAUGUCCCGAAGGCGCUGACGUGCGAGUGUACAAUGCUCUAAUUCGGAUGUGCCGAACGGCCCGCAACCGCGAAUCGGGCAUGUUCCUGGUGAAAGAGAUGGCAUCACUUGGGGUGGUACCGAACGGUGUUACCUUCGAGUCUAUUAUCCUGAUGUGCUUGGAUGCGGGAAAUUUCCGGUCCGGUUUCAUGUACUUCCAGGACCUGAUGAAGCGGGACGCUAGACUCAGCCCUGAAACGCAAGUGGAAAUCCGUGAGAUCUGCGCCGGGUCUGUGGACGAGUUUGCGAUGCGACUGCAGUACCACCCUUUCAUUCGAGACGAUGUGAGAAAGCUGGAUGAGGAGCUGCAGCAGAAACAGAAGGAAAAGGAAGCGAACGAAAAAGCUGGUCGCCACCCUGUACCCCGGCGGUUCGUCGCCUGA